GGGGGGUUCGGUUUAGUUCGACUCUUGGAGGUGCGGUGAGAAGUGCUAGAGCUAGAAUUGUAUACUAAUCCCAUUCAAUUGUUGCGUAACUUGACUGCGGACAUGGCGUUGGUGUGUGUGGAGGACUUUGAGAAAAAGGCAGCAGGGCAGCUGGAAAAGAAUGCACUCGACUACUACAGAAGCGGAGCAGGGGAGCAGUUCACGCUGGGGCUGAAUCGGGAGGCGUUCCGAAAGCUUCGCCUCCGUCCCCGGUGCCUGAGAGAUGUUUCCCGCCUGGACAUUGGCUGUCCGAUCUUUGGUGAGCAAAUGAAGUGGCCGCUAGGCAUUGCGCCGACUGCAAUGCAGAAAAUGGCUCAUCCAGAUGGCGAGGUGGGCAAUGCAAGAGCUGCCGGCAAAGCUGGAUCCAUAUUCAUUCUGAGCACGCUCUCGACCACAUCCCUGGAGGACUUGGCCGCCGGCGCUCCGGACACCUGCAAAUGGUUCCAGCUCUACAUCUACAAAGACCGCACAAUUACCGAGAAACUGGUACGCCGGGCAGAGAAGGCCAACUUCAAGGCUCUCGUUCUGACUAUUGACGCCCCAAUCUUUGGACAUCGCCGUGCCGAUGUGCGCAACAACUUCAGCCUACCGUCGCACCUGACUUUGGCCAACUUCCAGGGCGUGAAGGCCACAGGCGUGGCGACUACUGCAAUGGGCGCCUCUGGCAUUAAUGAGUACGUGUCCAGCCAGUUCGAUCCUACUAUAACCUGGCAGGAUAUCAAGUGGCUGAAGGGCAUUACACACCUGCCCAUCGUUGUGAAGGGGGUAUUGACUGCAGAAGACGCCGUGCUCGCCAAGGAGUUUGGCUGUGCCGGGAUAAUCGUGUCCAACCAUGGAGCCCGCCAAAUAGACACAGUCCCUGCCUCAAUAGAGGCCCUCCCCGAAGUAGCGAAGGCUGUAGGCAACGAUCUGGUAGUCAUGCUGGACGGUGGCAUUAUGCAGGGCAAUGAUAUCUUCAAGGCCCUAGCUCUGGGAGCGAAGACUGUCUUUGUCGGUCGUCCUGCUGUCUGGGGUCUAGCCUACAACGGACAGAAGGGCGUGGAGGAUAUGUUGAGCGUGCUCAGAAAGGAUUUCGAGAUCACAAUGGCAUUGAUCGGCUGCCAAACACUGAAUGAUAUUCAAUCUUCGAUGGUGGUACAUGAGUCCCAAUAUUCCAAGCUUUGAGUA